GCUAUGGCUUCCACCUCCGUCAGCGAUGCUCCCUCCAAGUCGCAGCAGGAUUUCCUGCUUUCAAAGGCAUUAGCGUCUGCAUCGUCUCUCGUCUUCCUUCAACUGUUUUCGCGCGUAUUUACGUUCGCUCUGAAUCAAGCAUUGGUACGACUAGUCUCUCCGGAGGUUUUCGGCACUGCCGCUAUCCAAUUCGAGCUUCUGCUAUCCACCAUCCUGUUCUUGUCUCGAGAGGGCGUACGGAGUGCGCUUCUUCGCGCAUCGGACAAGUCUGCAUUGGACAAGACGAAGAAUAAUGUUUUGGUCACAAAUAUAUCCGUGCUGCCUGUGACUGUCGGCGUCCCUGCAGCCGUCCUCAUCGCGCUGCUCUACAUCGGCACCACGUCCGCUUCAACAGCUUCCCAGCCCCACUUUCGCAGCAGCGUGGCUAUAUAUACUUUAGCAGCAUCCCUCGAACUGCUGUCGGAGCCUCUCUACAUCCGCGCCCAGAAUGACCUUCGAUUCGAUUUGCGCGUGAAGGCGGAGGGUACUGCUGUUGUCAUGAGGACGCUGGUCGUCUUCACCCUGUUGAUGACACUUCCGGUCGAAUGGGCCCUUGUCGCCUUUGCAGUGGGCCAAGCUGCUUAUGGCCUUACCGUGCUGGUGACUUAUUUGCGAGCCUAUAAGCAAGGCAUCAGCUUCUGGCCUCGGAAGACGAUAGCAUUGGUACAUGGCAAAGUGGGUUCCCAGUACUUCGAUCCUUCGUUGCUACAUUUAUCUGCUGCUAUGACGGGCCAAUCCUUGGUCAAGCAUUUUCUUACCGAAGGCGAUAAGUUUUUGAUCUCUCGUCUGAGUCCUCUAGCAGACCAGGGCGGUUACGCUAUUGCAUCCAAUUAUGGCUCGUUAGUGGCGCGGAUUGUUUUCCAGCCAGUGGAAGAGACGUCGCGGGUUUUCUUUGCGAAGACGCUCUCCGCAACGGACUCGCGUGAAUCGCUCAAGGCAGCCGCCAGGAUGCUCAUGAAUGUUCUUCUGGUCUUCACACAUUUGCUUUUGCUGCUCGUGACCUUUGGUCCUCCGUAUAUGGCACUGGCAGUAUCAAUCCUCCUCCCGCCCAGAUACCACUCCACUUCUGCGCCGACAAUCCUGUGCACGUACGUGUACUACAUUCCUAUGAUGGCUUUCAACGGCAUCCUUGAGGCUUUCUUCGCUUCCGCUUCUGCGCCUUCGGAUCUCCAUGCGCAAAGUCGAUGGAUGUUCGUGUUCUCCAUUGGAUUCAUAGCUGCGGCCGUAGGUCUGGCUAAAGGAGCCGGCCUUGGUGACGCUGGGUUAGUGUGGGCGAAUGUCGCGAAUCUGCUGUGCAGAGCACUCUACGCGUGGCUGUUUGUUCGCCGCUACUUCCGAACCAGGGGCGGUCCCGAGCUGGCUAAUUGGAAGAAGGCGGUGCCUCCCGGGUUCGUUCUGGCGACGUUUGCUGCAUCCGCGGCUGUAACGCGCUACAGCGAGUGGAAGUAUCGGGACGUCCCUUUGCAGCUAUUGCUUCAGAGCGGUCAUGUCGCGAUGGGGUUGUGUUGUCUCGCUGGAUGCAUGUCAGCUUGUCUCAUUUCCGAGCGCGCUGCGCUGUUGCAGAUAAACUCGUUCAUGAGAAGACGAUAAUCUGGUCCUGUUGACUGGCGGGCUUGCCCUUUCUUCUUUGUCGGGCAAUAUAUGACAGUCAACAACUUUGAUACCAUAAUGCGCUGCGGAUGGUAUCGAACGAAACGUCCUGAUUCAAUUGAGCUACAGGAACCCGUGUCCGCAGUAUCUCAGCAUCGAGAACGGCCGGGUCCGCAUGAGUUGAUGAGAGGCACAUUAAGUAGAUUCUGCAGGUACCCAGCCAAUGGCCAAUUUGAAGUAGAACAAACAUGUCAUAGCGGAACAGAGAUCUGUCCGGCCAUCGUGAAAAUAGUGUUUCCCUUCAAAAGCAAAGGGCCGC